CCCAGCUACCAAAAGUUAUCGGAGAAUAGGGGUGUUUCACUUUUAUAAAACAGAAGAUCGUGUUAGCAGCGGAAGGAGCGUUGCCGAAAAAAAACAAAAUUUAGACAAGCAGCAUACACCUCAAGAUGCACACCUCGCUGACAGUAACCCUACUUAUCGUCUGCGCUCUGCAUUUGAUCGUCUGCGCGCCUUCUCCAUCCCUGAUGAAGGAACUGAAAAAUCUUUACGAAGCCGAAGUCGACGAGAUUUCAGUGCGAGAUGAGCUUACAAAGGACUCCGCCGUGAGGAGAGCAGAUCCUCAGGCAGAAAAUAGGCCGCUUCGACCUGGGGAAGGCUACGAUCCUUGCGAGUUUGAAGGCACUUUCCGUGAGUAUGGAGAGAAGUUUGAGGUGGUGGACAAGGUACUGAAAUGCCGCAAGACGUGCUACUGUCAGGGGAGCACUAUCGGCGUGUUCUGUCACCCAUGUAAGGCCUGAAGAGUUUAAACUUAGUUCCGUUUACUUCAAGCGAAAAGGAUUACUUUCCAUGUUAGACAGAUACACCGGGUCGAGAUAUAGGCCUACGAGCUUUAAAUAUCACACAGAUUUAUUUCUUGUUGUCCAUUAAUCUCUGUAUAAACUGCUUCUGUAUUCGUUCCUUAUCAAAAGAAAAAAAGAGACAUCCGCAUAGAAUGUUUAAAUGACUUUGCAGUAAUUGUGUAAUUAGAGGAAAUAUUUCUUAGUUUGUAACACAUUCCGUCAUUGACACAGUAGUACCAAGACGUCAUAUAGGAGCCUACUUCUCAAAAACAGAUUUUUAGAUGCCAUUUGUAGAAAUAUGUGUCCAAUAAAGUUUUAAAGACAACA